UGUCCCUGAGCUUCUUUGUCUUCAGCUGAAGACUAGCACUCUACUACUGGAGCCACAGCGCCAUGCCUGGCCUUUCUGAGAAGUUGGAGAUAAUUCUAUAGACUUUCCUGCCUGGGCUGGCUUCAGACUGCAGUCCUCAGAUCUCAGCCUCAUACGUAGCUAGGAUUACAGGUGUGAGCAACCAGAACCCAGCAAAACUUACUCUUAUACUUUAAUAAAAAUUGUUAGAGGAACUAGAAUAUAUUGCCCUACAUUUAAUUUCUAAUUUAAAAAAUUGUUUAAGUAUUUCAUCCUCCAGCCAGGAUGGCCAUCAUCAAGAAUGUGCAGCAUCAAGUUGUGCAGCUAUUAUAGAAGGCAAUUUGGAGAUUAUUAAAAAAAAAAAUAGAAGUAGAGCUACCUUCUAAUCUAGUGUUACCACUGUUGGGCAUUUAUCCAAAAUAAUACAAAUCAGGUUACAGUAAAUGCACCAGUACACCUUGUUCAUUCAGAGCUGCACUAGUCACAGUAGCUAAGUACCAGAUACAGCCCAGAUGCCCUAUAAUUGAUUCUCAAGAAAUAUGGUAUGUAUAGACAUUCGAAUUUUAUCCAUCAGAAACAUUCAUUUUCAGGAAAAUGGAUUUGGAGAAAAAUCAUACUGAGUAAACUAGGUUCAGAAAGAACAAGGUCAUGUUUUCUCACACACAUGGAUGUUAGACUAAAAUACAAACAAGUAAAUACAGGGCCAUCUGCAUGUAUGAUGUGUGUGUGCAUGCGUGUAUGUGUGCAUGUGUGUAUGCCUAUAAUCAAACUGGUUUAUGCAGGACAGAUUCCAUGGUGUAAUUCCUUUGAACAAUAAGCAGUUUAACAGAAAUGAGUAUUAGGAAGCUUAAACAAGACUUAUUCAUAAACUUCCUCUGACUGUGAGGUAACUAGUGAGCAAAUGCAGUUACAAUAAUGUAUGUAAGUAAAAAUGGAACUGGGAAAAGGAGUGUGGCUAGGCUAGGUGGAGAAUGUUAAAGGUGUGGCUGAUCAAGACAUACACAUAAAUGGACAUGUUAAGCUCAAUCUCCAGUAUACACUUAAAAAUAAUUCAGAAAUUUCAGCCUAGGGCUAAGGGCAUAGUCAGUCCAGUAUUCACAAAGUCCUGGUUCAAGCCCUAGCAUCAACAAAGAAAACCGUCCCUAAAAGUAGUUUCAGAGGAUUUUCUUGCCUUACCAAAAUGAUGGCUACCAGAUGCCUCAAUAGUUUUUUUCCCUACCAAGAUAUUACCCUAGACAUCAAUUAGAACAGUGGACAUUUCAGUGAGCUUUCGUUUACAUCACGUUUUCCUACCAGUCUUAGGUGAAAAUGGGUUUUUACACUAAAGAAGAUUCCAGAUUGAAAACCUUUUGAGUCUCAUGAAAAGAUGUUUGGUUAGAGUUUAAAAGUUAUGCUCUUAGAGGGAGCGGUCUGUGGCCUGGGAAAUCAGCUGAGAAACAUCCACCUCAACUAUCAUGUUCAAAUACAGAAAUAUUUUUAGGGAGAAUAGCAAUAGAAUGAUACACUAAUUUGAUUAUGUUUAGCCCUCAAGAAAAGUAUAUGCUGAAAUUGCCACAAUGCUUCAGAGAUCACAGUAACCUUAAUGAAAACCCCUAAUAUGUACUGAGUGGUAGCAACCAUUGCUGCCAGGUUUUCCAGUUACUUGAAAAGGUUCUGUUUAGUUGCUAGGAAGUUUCUGUGGUCACAUUCCAUAGUGAGAGAUUGGCGUGGUGAACUAUGGGAUCAGCAGUUGUUUAGAACACCCAAGCUUGGAGCAAGCCUAUCUGGGAAGUACAGUGUGUUGAAGCCAAACUCAGCAUGGAGCAGCGGGCUCUGAAGAAACUAGUCGAAUCCAUCUGUAAAACUGUCAAAAGCUUCAAAAAAAGUGAGGUACAUUGUCUCAUAAAUCUUUUUCAAAGCUUGGUGGAAAGAAGUGGUGGAAGAUUUGAUAAGGGGUUAGAUCGUAACACAUUUCGAGGGAUCCUGUACAGCAUAUUUGGAAUGACUGAUGAUAUGUUGAUGAACAGAGUGUUUUUUGCAUUUGACAAAGACAGUGAUAAUUUCAUCAAUGUAAUAGAAUGGAUUAAAGGAUUAUCAGUGUUUCUUCGAGGGACUUUUGAAGAAAAGCUCAAGUUCUGUUUUGAAGUUUAUUAUUUGAAUGGAGAUGGUUAUAUUUCUCAAGAAGAAAUAUUUGACAUGUUGAAGAACAGUCUAUACCAACAGUCACCUGAAGAAGAGAGUGAUGAAGGAAUAAGCGAGUUAGUAGAUCUAACACUGAAGAAAAUGGAUUAUGACAAUGAUGGCAAGAUAUCUUUUGCAGACUUUGAGAGAGCAGUGAGAAAAGACACACUUCUGUUGGAGGUGUUUGGCCCAUGUUUACCGGAAGCAAAGGUAGAGUACAAGUAUCAAAAGCCCAAACUGGUCAAGGGAAACUUUAAAGAGCCAGCGAAUAAUACUUGUUAGACUUUAUAGGUAGCUUAUUACUGAAGUUUAGGCAAUUAUAAAGGAAUCAGCCUCCUCAACCCAGUUUGGGGCCCUACAAAGAACUAUUGACUAGUUCAGUGACUAAAGACUUUGACCUUGUAAGCAUUUUAGACUUGCAAUUCAUUUUAAACACAAUGGAAAUAUUUUCUCAAACUAAACCCAGAAUAUACUGACUUUAUUCAGUGAUAAAACAUUGAGAAAAGAGUAGAUUCAGCUAGAACCAACUAUAAAUUGCUAGAAU